AUGUUGCUGUUAAAUCUAAUUGCAGUUUGCCUGGUGGCAUAUUCCAACUGUGAUGAGACCACGGAUGAGCUUGUCGCCGAAUUCGAGACUGCUCUACUUGCUCUGCCAGAGUCCAAGUGGCCCAAUGAGUUUAGACAGAAGCUUGGUACCAACUAUGCAGACAACAAUGACAACAGAUGUUGUAAAGGUGUCACUAUUGGAGGUGCUCUUCCUCCUAAGACAACUGCAACGAAAAAGAUAGUGGCCCUUUAUCGCAGAGAAGCCCGAAAAGUAAAAACAGGAACCACGAAAUGCGGCUGGAUGUCUAUAGAUAAAUGCUCUGUUUACAGCAUGGAAUACUUCCAAGUGGCUAAUUACAUGUACAAGGAGGAUUUGGGACUCAUCCCUCAAGUAUGUGGCGACAUUGGAACUAAUCCUACAUGUUGUGCCAACCACAUCGAGAUUUUGAAUCGAUGUUUGAACUUAUAUUGGGUGAUCGAAAACAUGGAUGUAAUCCAGAGAGAAUUACAGAAGAACGAGAAGAAAAACUGAAUGGCAUAUGUAUCAAG